AAAAUGGAAACACUUGUACUGGAUUAGCUUUGAAUGUUCCGAAAUAUUCCUGAAAUUUCUUAUUUUUCGGGCUUUUCGAGUCUAAAUACCAGUGGCCUGCUGCUGUGAUGUGGAACAUUGUUGAAGAAGUUCGCGUUGAAGUGAAAUCUGCGUAUUACAGUCGCUAAAAUAACAAAUAUACUCGCAGCUAGCUUGGCUUUAUCGCUCACUCUAACGUUAGAAAUUGACUUACCCUACAGCAUUCUGCGAUAAACACACCCGUAGUUUAGAUUUUACUUUUACAUUUUUAAAUCGGGCAGCAGACAAAAUGCAUCGGAGAGGUGUCGGAGCGGGAGCUAUUGCCAAAAAGAAACUGGCAGAGGCCAAAUAUAAGGAAAGAGGAACUGUUCUUGCAGAGGACCAGAUUGUCCAGAUGUCCAAGCAGUUGGAGACCUUCAAAUCCAACCUAGAGGAGUUUGCCAGCAAACACAAACAAGAAAUCCGAAAGAACUCACAGUUUAGGGUGCAGUUUCAGGAAAUGUGUGCCACCAUUGGAGUUGACCCACUUGCCUCUGGCAAAGGUUUUUGGUCUGAGAUGCUUGGAGUUGGUGACUUCUAUUAUGAGCUCGGUGUUCAGAUCAUUGAAGUGUGCCUGGCCCUGAAACACAGAAAUGGAGGGCUUAUUACUUUGGAUGAACUCCAUCAGAGGGUGCUGAAAGGAAGAGGCAAAUACGCUCAGGAUGUAAGCCAAGAUGACUUGAUGAGAGCCAUAAAGAAACUGAAGGUGAUGGGGAACGGUUUUGGGAUGAUUCCUGUCGGUGGUUCUUACUUGGUGCAGUCAGUCCCAGCAGAGCUCAACAUGGACCAUACUGUAGUUCUACAGCUGGCCGAGAAAAAGGGAUACGUCACAGUGAGUGAGAUUAAGGACAGCUUGAAAUGGGAGAAGGAACGAGCUUGUCACGUCUUGGAUCACCUGCUGAAAGAAGGCUUGGCCUGGUUGGACUCUCAAGCAGCUGGAGAAGCACAGUACUGGCUGCCUGCUCUCUUCUCUGAGCUCACAUCCCGUGAUGUCACACCGGAGGAGGCCAAUCAGAUGACACCUUAGGGGAAAAAAAAAGGAAAAAAGAUGAAGCGGACCUGGACCACGACUGAGGUGGUGACGGUUUUAGAGACAUGUUUGUAAACAAAAUGUGCCUGGUGGGGAAGGAUCAUGUGAUGGAGUUGGCUGGUUCACUGGAGCUGGCUGGCAGGGUGAACCCUCUCUGAGGUCAUUUUCUGGACACGAGGACGGAAAACUUUCCUCAUUGGGCUGUCCUCACUAACUUCUAUGCAACGAGUGCACUUACAUUAUGACAGAGUCGCUGAAAGCAGCUUGAUUUCUGUUACACUGCAAAUGAAAUUCAGUGUAAGACCUUCUCUUGUCAUGUGGUCAUGGUUAAUGGGUGGUUUAUGAUCAUUGUCGAUGCACAGAAACAUGUAAUUGUUUAAUUUUCAUGUAUAAACAUAAACUUUGAAAGAAACAACA